GGGAAUUGGAAGGAGAGUCCACCAAAACAGGUUGCAUAUCAGGACCACGCUUAUUGGCACUUACCGGAGCGGUGGGGAGCGUGGGACGAGCAAUGA